AUGUAAAACAGCUUUGAAGAGAACUAAGGAAAAAAGUUGAUUGAAGCACGAUUGAUAUCAUACUACACAAAGAAGCUGCAAAAGUCAACUAUUUUAGAGAGUCAACAGCAGAGAAUCUGUGCCUAAAUGAUUCUAAAUCACUUACAUGAGCUUCAAUGUGAAAAACAUCUUAUAGAGGGAUUGGAGAAUUUCUUCAAUCAAAAGAAUGGCCAUAAGCGUGGGCAUAUUCUAUAGAUUAAUGGUACUUAUAUUUAUGAUGCAUUCUGUCUAGAUUUGAAUCUGAAAAAUUUAAUCUCUACAAAAUUAAGUCCUUCUUAUGAAAAUGUUAUCUAAAAGAUGCUUUAAUAAUAUAUUACUCGUGAGACACCUGAACCCAAACGAUAAUCAAGAUUUGAACACAUAAGAAACAAAUCAAAAUCACUUUAAUAAUUAAAUGGUGGUCGAGUUGUGCGCCAAGAAUAUAUAUCACCAAUUGAAUAUAUGAGAAAAUUAAAGACUUGUUUCGGACAUGCUCUUCAUCCAGAUAAUUAAGAUUAGGAAGAUCCAUAUAUACCAGUGUAUAAUGUAAUAUAUGACAGGUAAAAUAUGAUAUGUAGACUAAUUAGAACUGGUUAAUUAUUAUUGACAGGAGAUGAUUUAGGAUUGAUAAAGAUAUGGUCAGCAUCAAAUGGAUUAUUAUUACAAUCAUUAAAAGGUCAUACAAUGGCAAUAAAUUCAAUGGAUAUUAGUUAUUGUAAUAGGUAUUUGGCAUCUUGUAGUAAUGAUGGUUUAGUGAUUGUUUGGGAUAUUUAAAUUGGUAAACCUGUAGCAGCAUUAAAAGUAUAAUACUAAUUUUUAUUAUUAAAAUAGGAAGCUUAAGAUGAUCCAAUAUUAGUUUUAGUAUUUUAUUAAAGUAAUUCACAAAAUGUAAACUAUUUGACAGUAGCUAGUGAAAAAGGAUAUGUUUAUAUCUAUAAUGUAUAGGAUUUAAUUAAAUGUAAUGGGAGUAUAUUAGGUACAUAGUUCAAUACAAAAAUUAAGUAAUCUGCCAUUAAACAUCAAGCAGAUAUAAUUAGAUUGAAUGUAAAUUAUAAUAAAGCAAAUAAAGGAAAAGACAAUGGAAUAUUAUGUAUGGAAUUUAAUAAACAGGGAUAUUUAGCUAUGGGAACAGAAUAAGGGGAAAUAGUAAUAUUUGAUAAACCAGAGAAUCUUUAGAAAGUAAUUAAUAAAGUGGAAUGGCGUGAACAUACUAGUACAGUUCAUUUAGCUCGUUGGUCUAAAGAUGGUGAUCAAUUAUUAACUGCAUCAUAUGAUGGAAGUGCUAGAUUAUGGAAAUGGUAAGAAGGUGGAAUUGCAGCUAAUUAACAUAACAGAUCAUCAGUGUUAUUAAAAUAUAAAUCUAAUGAAGGUAGAAGAGUGGGAGAAAUUUAAUGUGUUGCAAUAGCUUGGUCUACAAAAAGUACUUAUGCUUUGGCUUCAUUUAGUAAGAAAUUAAAGAAGAAAGGAGAUGAGGAAAUAUCAAAGACUUAAAUUUAAGUUUAUUCAACAUAUGAAAAUUAUAUUAUUAAUUGUAUGGAAUAAGAAAGUUUACCUUAAUUAAAAUUAGAUUCUCCUGUUAUAUUUUUAGAAUCUCAUCCUAUUUAUGAGGAAGUAGCAUUAUCAGCUGAUGAAAAUGGAUUAAUAAUUUUAUGGAAUGUUUUAAAAGGAGUACCAUUAAAAGUGUUUCAUGAAAGAGGAUAUCAUUUGAAAUUACCAAAUUUAGAAGUUCCUUUGAAAGAUGGAUGUUUCAGUCCAAAUGGAAUGACUUUUGUAGUAUCAACAGAUUAUGGAUCAUUUUCUAUUUAUGGUUUUGGAAUACAAGAAAUCUUUGAUUAAACACCUGUUGAAUAAUUUUAUGUAUCAGAUUCUGAACAUCCAAUAAUAGAUGAAUCAGAUGGAUUUAGAGUUAUGGCAUUAGAUUCUGAUAUGGAAUUUUGUUAUGUUGAUAGAGGAAGUAUUUGUAAUUUUUAUAGAAUGCCAUAUCAUUAUAAUUUCUAAAAUAAUUUAAAAAUUUUAUUUCCUUAUCUAAUAUCUUAAGAUUAUUAAGGAAAAAAGAGUGUCAAUUUUUAAAAACCAAAAUUAUUUACAUAUAUAUAAAUGUCAAAAGGAAUAACUAUUGAUAAUAUGAAAAAUGAAGAAAUGUUUUAAGGUUAUUUUACAGAAAUGAAAUAAAUAGAAAUUAAAAUCAUUUAAGAAAUUAAAGAAUUAAUGAAAAUUUAAGAUUAAGUUAAAAUUUAAAAAUUAGAAGGUGAAAUAAUUUAAGUAGCUAAUUAACCUAAUGCAGAAAGAUCACCAUCUUCUAAUCAUAAUGUUAAACUUAUUAAAAAGACUGAAUUAAAAUCAGGAGAAUUAAUUAAAAGAGCAUUAAUUAAAGAUGAUGAAGAUAGUAGUCCAUAAAUUUCUUAAGAAAUACCUCAAUAAUCAAUUAUUAAUAUUAAUGAAUCUAAAAGAUAGAGUUAAAGAAGAAAGAAAGUAAUAGAAAGUGAAAGUGAAGAAGAAAGGAGUAAAUAAAGUAAUUAAAAUAUUAAGGAAGAUGUUUAAAUAGAAUAAUAAUCACCUUUAUAGACAAGAUCAAGAAGAAAUUAAAGAAGUUAAUAAAUUAGAUUAUUAAUAUUAAAUAAUCAUAGAUAAUAAAAUGAAUUAAGAAGAAAUAGAUCAUAAGUCACUGAAUAAUGUACUCGAUGUAGAAUAUUAAUGGAUAAUGUUGUUCGUUGUCCUGAAUGUAAAUCUGCAUAUCAUUAGGAAUGUAGUGAAAUUCGUCUAUUUUUAAGUGAAUUAGAUUUUGGAACUUAAAAGAAAAUUUGUAUUAAUUGUAUGGCAUAAUUUUAAAGAAAAAAAUAAGCAUAAACUAGAUAAGGUGAUCACUAGAGAGACAAAUAUUUAACUGAUGAUACUAAUUCCCCUUAAAUUGGAGAUGAUGUAAUAUUCUUUACAAAAGGAUAUGAAUAAUACUUAUAAAAAUGUCUAUAAAAUUUAGAUUUAUCAGAAUUAUCUAUUGAUUCUGCAUCUAAGAAAACUAUUGUAUUUCCUGGAGAUAUUUUAACAGAUUAAGAAUCUGCUAAUUUUGUAUAUUGUAAAGUACUCAAUAUAAGUUAUAUUUUCCCUGUUAUUAAUACAGUUUUUAAAAGACAAGUUAAUUAAAAUUCAUAUAUCAUAUAAGUUUUUGAACUUCAAGCAAAGGAUCUAAUUUUCAAAUGCUUUUACUCUUAUGAUUGUGAUCCAUAUCUUAUUCUUGAGUAAUCUUAUGCUUCUAGUGUAAAAUAAAUUCGUCCUUAUUUGAAUCAAUAAUAAUUAAGUUUCCAAACUGAUUCUGAUAAAGAUAAUGGAUUUGGUCAUCAAUAUCAAUUUAUUGCUGAAGAAACACCAGAUAAUUAUUUAAAUGUAAGUGAUUGGUAAGUCUUAAAAUGCAAAAGGAUUAGUGAUGAUACAUAUUAAUUAAGAAAUCAAAAAAAUAUGAUUGCUUAUUGUCAUUUAAAUUUCUGGGAAAUUGCAUCAAUGAUGAAUAAAUCUAAUAAAUCUAUAGAAAUUUAAGGAGCUUCCUUAUAAUCUGCAUUAACUACUAAUGAAGCUCAAUAAAUUAAUAGAGAUAUUAAUUCUAUGAUUAAAAAAUAAAAUAAGAUAUCCUUUUUCUUUUCCAAUGAAGUUGAUGUACAAUAAUACCCUGAAUAUUUAGAUUAUGUUCCAUUAAUGAGUUAUAUAACACUUAUUCAAAGAAGGUAAUUAUAUAAGUUAAUUUUUAAGAUUAGAAAAUGAUUUUUAUAGAAGUAAAGAUUAAAUCCUAAAUGAUGUUGAAAGAAUUAGAAGUAAUGCUUAUAUUUUUAAUCCUCCAAAAUCAGAGGUUUGUGAAUUAGCUGAUAAAUUAGCCAAUCUUUUACAUUCAAUAGUAAAUGGUGAGCAUCUUCAAUAACAAGUAACAACAUAAGUUAGAGAAAUAUAAACAAGAAAAAAAAAAAAAUUAUAUUGA